AGUAAACUUUUCACCGUUAAAUUGUUAGGAGUUUAAUCAAAGAGUAUGUCAGUCCCUGUGACUGAUGAAGAAGGCGUUGAAUCAAAAUGUCGUUUUUGCCCUUCGAAACGAACUGUCAAGCUUUCAUACGGAAUUUUUUUAUUGCAUUCAGCGGCAACUUCGAAAUUGCAACGAUAUCAUAUCCGCAACCUCGGCACAUUCCAAAGUUUUCAAGUCUGGUUUCUUAAACGACACCUUCACCAGCAACCAUCUGAUUAAUUGCUACGUGAGACUCCAAAAAAUCAACGAUGCACGUAAAUUGUUCGAUGAAAUGCCCGCACCAAACGUUGUAUCGUGGACGUCGCUUAUGGCGGGCUAUGUUGAUGCAGGUCAACCUCAAAUGGCUCUCAGUCUCCUUCGGGAAAUGUACCGAAGUUCGGUCGUGCCUAAUGAUUUUACUUUUGCUACUAUGAUUAAUGCUUGUUCGAUUCUUGCUGAUCUACAAGUAGGUAAAACAGUCCAUGAUGUCGAAAUAUUUGGUUUUCGCUCUAACCUUGUUGUUUGUUCUUCACUUGUUGAUAUGUAUGGGAAAUGCAAUGACGUUGAUGAAGCUCGACGGGUUUUUGACUUGAUGAGUUGUAGGAAUGUUGUUUCUUGGACUUCAAUGAUCACCGCAUAUGCCCAGAAUGCACAAGGCCAUCGUGCGCUCCAAAUUUUUAGAGAAUUCAGUGGAUUGAUGUUGGACCAUCCAAAUCACUUUAUGUUGGCCAGUGUAAUCAAUGCUUGCGCAAGCUUGGGUAAACUAGUUUCUGGGAAAGUCGCACAUGGAACGGUGAUUCGUCGUAGCCAUGAUUCAAAUGAUGUGGUUGCAAGUGCACUUGUGGACAUGUAUGCCAAAUGUGGAUCUGUUAGUUAUUCAGAAAAGGUAUUCAGGAGGAUUCCAAAUCCUUCUGUGAUUUCAUAUACUUCGAUGAUUGUAGGUGCUGCAAAGUACGGACUUGGUAACACCUCCCUCCAUCUCUUUGAAGAAAUGAUUGAUAGAAGAAUAAAACCAAACAUCACCUUUGUUGGGAUCUUACAUGCUUGUAGCCACUCAGGGUUCGUUGAUGAAGGCCUUGAACACUUGAAAUCCAUGCAUGUAAAACACGGGAUCAUGCCCGAUGCCAAGCAUUAUACAUGUGUUGUUGAUAUGCUUGGUCGAACUGGUCGUCUUGAGGAGGCCUACCAAUUAGCAAAAUCUAUCCAGGUAGAAUCUGAUGAAGGAGCUUUGUUGUGGGGUACACUUCUUUCAGCUAGCAGGCUUCAUGGAAGGGUUGAUAUUGCAGUUGAAGCCAGUAAGCGGCUAAUAGAAUCCAAUCAACAAGUGUCUGGUGCAUAUGUUACAUUAUCAAAUGCUUAUGCAUUGGCUGGGCAGUGGGAGAAUGUUCACAGCCUACGGUCUGAAAUGAAGCGUACUGGAGUUUACAAGGAACCUGGUUGUAGUUGGGUUGAGAUUAAGGAUUCAAGUUAUGUGUUCUAUGCUGGAGAUGUAGCUUCAUGUCCACAGGGUAAUAAACUUGUGGGUCUGUUGAGAGAGUUGGAGGAGAGAAUGAAGGAAAGAGGCUAUGUGGGAGGGAGUAUAGGGUUGGUUUUUGUCGAUGUCGAAGAGGAGGCCAAAGAAGAAAUUGUGGGUCUGCACAGUGAAAGAUUGGCCUUGGCUUUUGGAUUGAUAAACAUCCCUAAAGGAGUGACAAUCAGAGUGAUGAAGAACUUGAGAAUGUGUAGGGACUGUCACGAGGCUUUCAAGCUUAUUAGCGAUAUCGUUGAGAGGGAUUUUAUUGUGAGAGAUGUGAACAGAUUUCAUCAUUUUGAAAAAGGGUCAUGCACUUGCAGAGAUUUCUGGUAAUGAUCAACCAAUAUCACAAAGUUUAGAUUA